AUGUCUCCCCUCGUCUGGCUUGUCACUGGAUGCUCCUCCGGAUUUGGCCGGGUCUUCGUGGAGCAGAUUCUCGCUCGUGGAGACCGCGUCAUCGCAACCGCGCGCCGAGCCGAAAGCAUAGAAGAUCUCAGGAGCAACGGCGCCGCCGUGUUGCAGCUUGAUGUGACAAGCGACCAGGAGACUCUUAACGAGAUAAUGGCAAAGGCAAUUGCCAUUUAUGGUCAUAUUGAUGUCCUGGUGAACAACGCCGCUUAUAUUGCUGUUGGUGCCUGGGAGGAUGUUUCUGACGAAGAAUUCCGUGCGAAUUUCGAUACGAAUGUUUUCGGUGUUUUGAAAGUCACCAAGGCUCUUCUGCCUCAUUUCCGACAGCGAAAGUCAGGGACAACUGUCUUCAUCAGCUCUCGAUCAGGAUGGUGGGGUGAUCAGUUUGUUGGUCCAUACUCUGGAACCAAAUUUGCCCUGGAAGGCCUCGUCGAAAGUCUCUGGAGGGAGACAGAGCCCUUAGGCCUACGAACUCUUCUGAUUGAGCCCGGCCGGUUUCGUACACAGCUACUGUCGAGCUCCCAUCUGAAGAUUGCAAACUCUAGUAUUCCUGACUACGCCGAACGAUCGGAAGACUUUCAGAAAAUGCUCGCCAUGGAGGAUCGCACGCAACCCGGCAAUGUCGAAAAAGGCGUAUCCAUUAUUUUAGACCUUGUCAGAUCAGAGGGCGUUGCCGCAGGGAAGAAGAUUCCUUUUCGGCUACCCCUUGGUACAGACUGUUACGAGUCGAUCAAGGAAAAGUGUGAGGAGACACUAACACUUCUUGACGAGUGGAAGGAUGUUAUCAAUAGCACGGAUUAUGCUACUUACUAG